AUGAGCUCUCCGAUUAGUAAGGUUCUCAUCGCUGAUGACAUCGAGCAAGAGUGUGCCGAUAUUUUGAAGCAAAAUGGAAUUGAGGUGACGGUCAAGACGAAGCAAACCAAGGAUCAGCUUCUCGAGUCUCUCCCUCAACAUGAUGCCGUUAUCGUCCGAAGUGCCACGAAGAUCACCGCUGAGUUAUUGGCCGCUUCAGCUGGAAAGCUGAAACUCGUCGGAAGAGCGGGAACUGGUGUCGACAACAUCGAUGUACCGGCCGCCACCGCCAACAAGAUUCUUGUGAUGAAUACACCACAAGCCAACUCCCGCUCUGCUGCUGAACUAACAUGUACCCUUAUUCUGUCCCUUUCUCGUCACGUUCCACAGGCCGCUGCUUCGAUGAAAGCUGGAAAAUGGGCUCGCAAGGACUUCAUGGGAGAGGAAGUUUACGGUCGCACUCUCGCUGUGCUCGGACUCGGUCGUAUUGGAUCUGAAGUCGCUCUCCGACUUCAAGCCUUCGGAAUGAGAGUAAUCGGAUACGAUCCAAUGGUCACCAAGGAGCAGGCAGCAGCGAAGAACAUUGAACUGCUCGCACUUGAUCAAAUUUGGCCACAAGCCGACUACAUCACUGUUCACGUUCCCCUCAUCAAGCAGACGGAGAACUUGAUCAACAAAGAGACUCUCGCCCAAUGCAAGAAAGGAGUCCGUAUUGUCAAUGUGGCUCGUGGAGGAAUCGUCAAUGAACAAGAUCUUGUGGAUUCUCUCAAUGCUGGUCACGCUAAGGGAGCCGCCUUUGACGUCUUCGAGCCAGAACCACCAACCUUCAGAGAGUUUAUCGAUCACCCUCUCGUCAUUGCUACGCCACAUCUUGGAGCCUCUACAAUCGACGCUCAACUCCGCGUCGCCUCGGAAAUUGCCGACAAUAUUGUUCAAUACAAUAAGGGAACCGUUCUCGGCGUUUUGAACGCCAAAGAGGUUCUCAACUAA